AUGCCAAAUUGGCCGUCGCUCUCUGCCCGAGAGAGCGCUGGCGGCGCUUCGGACAUUAGUGACGCUCCGGGAUCGAUGAUUAUCGCCACCCAAGGCAGCGGCCUUCGCGAGCUGGCCGAUCGUGCAUACAAUAAGGGACUUUGUGCUGUGGACCACCUAAGGUCAUUCAUGGCGCUCUCCAAGUACAGCCUCGGCGUUGCCCUGAUCUUGUGCGUGACGGUCAUCUGGGUGGGGUCUUCGGUCUGGAUCCAGCACAUCUUUGGCACCCUCGAGUUCAACAAGCCAUUUUUCCUCACGUACUUUAAUACGACAGGCUUUUGCCUGUGGAACACCGGCUUCUUUCUCUCGGCUCGCUGGCGGCGCACUUCGUGGGACGAAACUUCGCAGACGCAGCCAGUGUGCGUCGAGGACGCGCGACUGGACUCGAGGGAGUCGUCGUCAACCGAGGAGGCGGAGAGGCAGGAGGCGAUAGAGGAGGGGACUGAGGACAGCGCCGGCGGCGAGCAUAGUGGUGAACGGAGGAGGAAGAGAGAGCAGCACGUAGGAAUCGGUGACGACACCAGACUACCGCCCGUCAGGGUUGGCGCGGCAAGGGAAAUGCUUCAUGAUCGCAGGGCCGUGUCGGGUGUGAGCCUGACUCUCUCCCACUCUGCCCUGCGCGCUCGGAGUCAUACAGAAUGCGGAGUUCAGCGGUCGCUGAACCUCGGCUCGUCCUCUUUGCAUCCGCUUCUAAGUGCUGGGCUGCAUGCGACGCAACCACCCCUCUACGGCGGCGCUCACCUGUCACGGUUGGCGAUGACCGCUGCGAGUGACCGCCCUGCUAGAGCGGCACCGUCAGCGCCGCCGUCCCCCCUGCGACAGGUGCGUAGGGGCGGCGGUGUUACAGACAGAAGUGUGCUGGCGGACAACGAUGGCAUCGGUGGUGACGGCCACGUUGACAAUGUGAACGGUGUGGCGAGAUCGGCGAUGCAGCUGUACGUCGCGGACGAGUGCCGUGACUAUUCCCUUUCCACCUCCUCGGCGUCGAGUGCGCGAGAGGAGGUGGUUAGUGUUAUCCUGACGGAUGAGGACGCGUUGGUCGAUGUUGCCCCAUGGCAAGUCGCGGAGGGCCAGGAAAUAGAAAUUACCUCAAACAUGCUCCGCUACAACGGUACUGAGGUGCCGCCGCGACGCCGACAUCAUCAGCGCGCGCGUCGGCAGCGCAUUCGCCGCUACUCUCUCCGGCGCAUCUGGCGGUGCGCGCUUUUCUUCUGCCCGCUUUGGUUUCUAGCCAACUACCUCUUCAACCUCUCCCUCUCGUUCACCUCGGUCGCCUCUAACACGAUCCUCAGUUCCACUUCAUCCAUCUGGGCGCUCUUCUUAUCUUAUGUGUUGCUGCGGCAGCGUGUGAGUGCGCAUCAGUUGGUGGCGGUUGGGCUCAGCGUCAGUGGUACGAUUCUGGUGGGACUAUCCGACAAGAACGCCGCUAACGGGCGCAACACCCUUGGUGGCAACAUCGCGGCGCUGCUGUCGGCGUUCUUUUACGCCGCCUACACGUCGGUGCUGAAGUUCCAUCUGCCGGACGAUGAACGAUUUGCCAUGGGAAUGGUAUUUGGGGCGGUGGGCAUCUUGAACCUUCUUCUUCUAUGGCCUGGUCUGGUGCUGCUUAGUGUGACAGGCGCGGAGAAGUUUGCGUGGCCAACGUGGCAGCAGUUGUGGCCUUUGCUGAUGAACUCUCUCAUUGGCACUAAUCUCAGCGACGUGCUGUGGGCGCGCAGCGUCGUCCUCACUUCGCCGGUGGUCGCCACGCUCGGGUUGUCACUCACCACCCCGCUUGCCAUGGUUGUGGACGUGAUCUUCAAGAGUGCGCACUUCAGCGGCGUCUAUGUCACCGGCGCCAUUCUUGUGAUGGCCGGUUUUCUGCUCGUCAACUUGCCGAUUCAGACCAGCCUGGGUGUGUAA